UGUAGUUGUUAAAAUUCAGACGGCUGAACCACGAGUGGCUUCAUCUUGAAAUAAUUGAUCAGAAAGCGGAAUAUUUCAUCUCGGAGAACGCUUGGGCGUCGUGUCUGCUCGCUGCUGCACAAUGAUGUCGUCUGUUCGUCCUGCUGGAGGAUUUAAUCGGUGAAAAAUUAAAAGGUCGUCACCUCCCCAGAUGUGGCCACUAACUCUGCUGAGACUCCUGUUCAUGAACGGCGUGGAUGCUUCGAUCGAGCGGCUGUGGCUCGGACUGGAGGGAUGACAGGACAUUAGCAGACAUGGAGACGGGGGAGACGCACAGACAGCUGGAAACGCCAUAUUUACUUAGUCUGGAUUCUCCACAUCACAUCCACUCAGGAUAAGAGAAAAUCCUAUUUUUAUAUUUUUUAUUCAGAGCCGUGUUUGUUAGUUAUUGCGAAGCCAUAACCAGCCGUCAGCAGCAGACGUCACGAUGAGCUCCGAGGGCUUUCAGUACCGAGCGCUGUACGACUACAAGAAGGAGAGAGAGGAGGACAUCGACCUGCACGUGGGAGACAUGCUGCUGGUCAGCAAAGGAGCGCUGCUGGCGCUCGGCUGCAGCAACGGAGCCGAAGAACGGCCGUCUGAGAUCGGCUGGCUGCCGGGCUUCAAUGAGACCACGCAGGAGAAGGGCGACUUCCCGGGGACCUACGUGGAGUUUAUCGGCAGAAAGAGGAUGUCCCCGCCCACGCCGAAGCCCCGCCCCCACAGGCCGCCCUCCGCAGCGUCGGUCAGGACGGACUCCGAGUCAGAGGGCUUCGUGCUGCCAGACCUCCCAGACCAGUUUGGACCCCCAGACACAGCCCCUCCCCUCCUCUGCAAACUGAUGGAGGCCAUAGAGACCAAAGGUCUGGACGGUCCCGGUGUGUAUCGCAGUCUCAGUGGAGGAGGUGUGGACACCCGGCAGCUGGCGGACACUGACCUGGAGCAGCUGGACGUGUCGUCCCUGUGUGACGGGGUGGUCCGGUUCCUGCAGGAUCUACCCGGUCCCGUACUCCCCUCCUCACUGCAGGCUGACAUGAUUCACGCAGUGCAAGAGGUCCGGGACCUGGAGGACUGUGCCCAGGUACUGCGGGGGGUGGCCGGCUCGCCGACCUGCCCGGCCCAGUACGGCCUGACCCUGCUCAGUGUGGUCCGCCACCUGGCCCGACUCUGUCUGCACGGCUCCAGAAACCAGCUGAGCCCCCGAAACCUGGCAGAGAGCUUCAGCUCGCUGCUGUUCAGACACACUGGGGGGCCUGAGUCCAGUCUGGAUCCUCUGGUUCAGGUCCUGGAGGUUCUGAUAACCAGCGAGCUCAACAUGAACCAGGCUGCACCAGCUUUGCCUCCUAAACCAGUCAAGUCUUCGACUCCAGCAGCUCCCAGCAGUUUUAACAACAGUAUUUCCCUGCAGGAUGCUGAGUGGUACUGGGGAGACAUUUCCAGAGAGGAGGUGAACGAGAAGCUGAGGGACACGGCUGACGGUACGUUCCUGGUUCGAGACGCCUCCACGAAGAUGCACGGAGAUUACACUCUGACCCUGAGGAAAGGAGGCAACAACAAGCUGAUAAAGAUCUUCCAUCGGGAGGGAAAGUACGGCUUCUCCGACCCUUUAACCUUCAGCUCGGUGGUGGAGCUGAUCAACCAUUACCGCCACGAGUCCCUGGCCCAGUACAACCCCAAACUGGACGUCAAGCUGCUCUACCCGGUCUCCAAACACCAGCAGGACCAGGUGGUGAAGGAGGACAGCAUCGAAGCCGUGGGCAAGAAGCUCCACGAGUAUCACCUGCAGUACCAGGAGAAGAACCGCGAGUACGACAGACUGUACGAGGAGUACACCAGGACCUCACAGGAGAUCCAGAUGAAGAGGACGGCCAUCGAGGCGUUCAACGAGACCAUAAAGAUCUUUGAGGAGCAGUGUCAGACUCAGGAGCGCUUCAGCAAAGAGUACAUCGAGAAGUUUCGUCGAGAGGGCAACGACAAGGAGAUCCAGAGGAUCAUGGAGAACUACGACAAGCUGAAGUCUCGGAUCAGUGAGAUCGUGGACAGUAAACGUCACCUGGAGGUCGACCUGAAGAAACAGGCCGCCGACUACAGAGAGAUCGACAAGAAGAUGAACAGCAUCAAACCAGACCUGAUCCAGCUCCGCAAGACCAGGGACCAGUACCUCAUGUGGUUGACUCAGAAGGGGGUCCGUCAGAGGAAACUGAACGAGUGGCUCGGCCUGAAGAACGAAACCACAGAGGAUGAGUACAGUAUGGUGGAGGAUGAGGAGGACCUUCCUCACCAUGAUGAGCGUCUGUGGCGUCUGGGAAACAUAAACCGGAAUCAGGCGGAGUCCCUGCUCCGCGGGAAGCGAGACGGGACCUUCCUGGUCCGAGACAGCAGCAAGGCGGGCUGCUACGCCUGCUCCGUGGUCGUGGACGGAGAGGUGAAGCACUGCGUCAUCAACAAGACAAGCACCGGCUUUGGUUUCGCGGAGCCCUACAACCUGUACGGCUCUCUGAAGGAGCUGGUGCUUCACUACCAGCACACGUCGCUGGUCCAACACAACGACUCGCUCAACGUCACGCUGGCCUUCCCCGUCUACAGCCAGCAGAGACGGUGACCCGCCGGCUCCCUGCUCAUAAGUACCGUCAUCGUAGACCAGCAGCAGACCUCCUUCACACGCUCGACCCCCCCAGAACAAGACGGGGGAGAAAUCCAACCCUUGUCUCUUUUUACAGGCUGGAAUCUGACUACAUGACACGCUCAGCGCUAACGUUUGAAGCUAGCGUUUGAAGCUAACGUUUGAAGCUAACGUUGCUAACGCUCAGAGCUGUGUGUGAUACCUUUUGAUCAUGAACAGACAGUCGUGGUGCUGCAGUGGAUCAGAAACUAUCCAGCACAUUGAAGAAGAAGCUUUAAGCAAAGAGAAAGCUUUGUUACAUCCUGUCGAAAUGAUCAGAGUUAUCUUUUACUGUGAAAGUCCUCAUGUUGACAUUUAACUUCCUGUGAGAAGCAGAUUAAAAAAAGACUUCAGCCCACCAGUGACGGCGCUGCAGGUAAAAUGUUGAUCAGUUAUUCAGCUGAUUUGGUGCCGAACAUGAACGCUUACUGUAAUUUAAUCUCGUCGGAGCAGCCGAUGACGUCGGAGGUCGUCGGAGGUCGUGAUCACACGAGACUGAGAGACGUUCAGCGAAUCAGUGAGACGAGUUGGGUUCAUCUGUCGCUGUCUGUCCUCCACGUUGGACGAGUUGAGCUUCUCGACAACAGUCCUGCCAGCAGUUUGAUGUGACAGUGAGUUCAAACACCUCAUAGAGAAUCAUAGAGAACAAACACCUGAGCAGACAGAGAGGAGCGACACCUGACGUCUGACGGCCAGUCAGGUUAAUCCACAAACAACGCGCCUGAUGAUACGAACCCCUCAGACUGUGAUCACGACCUCCGUCUGAGUCGACGUGACGACCGACGCGUUUCCUGUCUGUGGAGAAACGAGGCGCCGAGCUGGCGAACGUGACCUGAGGUCAGAGGUCAAAGCUGAACUGGUUUAGGAUGACGGACUCCUCAUUGAGUCAUGAACUGCUGAUCCAGCACACUUCAGUAGACCAGAACCACAACUGGACCGGACUACAACUACGAACUGAUGAUGAUGACGAUGGUGAUGAUGUCAAAGACAAAUUGGGGGACAAUCUAUCGGACACUGUGAGCGACUGAACGAGGUUUAAAACGAGGGCCAAUCAACUGACCCGCAUUUUCAUAUCAGGAGAAAAAACCCAGGAUCAUCCAAAGACUGGACCCCCCCCCCACCAAAACCCGUCAGCGUGUUGGGAAGGUCUUCAGGUUUCUUCAGGUUUGUUUCGUUCGAGUGGACGGAUGAUUCUUGUGUUCUUUCAUUUCACUAAACGUCCGUCAGCACAAAGAUUCACUCUCAUUGGACGAAAACGGACAAAAUUCAGGAACGAUGAGAGCUGGAUCUUUGUGGAUCCCCUCGAAGGAUUUUCAAAACGCAGCCUGUAAACAAAAGUCUGAACGUAGAUUCUACAUUAUUUUUUCCCUUUUUGUGCAUUAAGACACGUGACUCAGUCCAAGAGAAACCAGGUUCAGGAGCUGAAACUGGCCUUCAAGCAUUUCCUCUGUCGUCAUGGUAACCUCCUGAACUGAACGCUGAGUUUUUCCACAUUGUGUUUGUUUUGAAAGUCGUCGAUACAUCUUUAUUUCCUCAUUCCACAGAUGUCCUGUUUUUCUUUGUGACGAUAGCGAACAACAAAGAUCUGUAACGUAAAAACGAUUUAAACGAUAAGAACAGACGCGUGUUAAAGAAAUCUGAUGAAUAAAAGAGCUGGUCUGAAUGUC